AGAGGAUGGAAAGAAUGAUGACGAUGAUGUCGCCGGGAAGAAGAAUAGAACUGAAGUCAGACGGUACUGGAGGCUACUUAACUUAGUGCUGAAUCAGCACGACGCUUUAUCUGACUUUAUCUGACUUACUUCGAUACCUCACAUCCUUAGACGACGCUGAAGUUAGCCUCCGAUUCGGCAAUUAAGGGGAAAGUUAAGGGGAAAUCAACUGAACGUGCAGUGCGACUGUUGUCGCUGAUUGUCUGUUUUUGUGACACCUCGUUUUGGGGUGGAGUCUUGUUUGGAUCAACCCAUGGAUUCAGACAGUAUCCAUGAAGUGGUCACGUAUACGCCGUCACUGCUACCAGCCAGUCACUACGAUAGAGACACCACUGAACCAAUCAGCUGUGGUCUUCAGACUCUAGAUGAACUGUUGUCAUGGAAACGCAGUGAGGCAAACCCCUUUAACGUGACAGUGGUCCCUCUGGCACCUCGGGAGCCCCCCCUGGCCGACAGUGCACGUAGGACAUUGGUGUCUCAUGACAUGAUGGGUGGCUACCUCGACGACAGGUUUCUCCAGGGGACAACUUCAGAUGCUCCGUACGCCUUCUACCACUGGCACUACAUUGAUAUUUUCAACUACUUUACACACGUCAUGGUGACUAUUCCUCCUGCUGUGUGGACCAGUGCUGCACACAAACAUGGAGUUGUCGUUAUAGGGACUUUUAUCACAGAGUGGACUGAUGGAGCCGCGGCGUGCGAGUCGUUCCUGAAAGACGAGGAGUCGUAUCGCGCUGUCGCUGAUAAACUCGUCCAGAUCAGCCAUUAUUAUGGCUUUGAUGGCUGGCUCAUUAACAUCGAGAAUAAACUCAGUGAGGUCGCGGUGAAGAACACGCCGUUGUUCCUGCGCUAUCUGAGCGACCAGAUGCACGAGCGAGUGCCCGGCAGCCUGGUCGUGUGGUACGACAGCGUGGUCGAAAACGGACAUCUGAACUGGCAGAACGAACUCAACCAGUCCAACAGGCUGUUUUUUGACGCCUGUGAUGGUUUUUUCACCAACUACAACUGGACAGAGGAACACCUGGAGAGGAUAAAAGACUACAGUGGACUCGGAGGCCGCGGUGCUGACGUCUACGUCGGGGUAGACGUGUUCGCUCGUGGCAACGUGGUGGGAGGAAUGCUGGAAACCAAUAAGUCUCUGGCCGUCAUUCGGAAGCACAACUUCUCUGUGGCCAUCUUUGCUCCAGGCUGGGUGUACGAGAGCCACGACGAUAAGACUGAAUUCCGCAAGAAUCAGGACACGUUCUGGGCUCUUCUCUCAGACUUCCUGUACGUCCACCGUCCAACGUCAGCUCUUCCCUUCAUUUCCUCCUUCUGCCAAGGCUUUGGGAAGAGCCUGUACUGGAGAGGACAGCAGGAGACGGAGAGAAGCUGGUUCAACCUGUCUGCUCAGGAGAUUCAGCCCAUGUAUUACCACACAGAGCUGGAGGGCCCGGGAUGGCUGAGGAGCCGCGGCUGCCCGGAGGACGCCUGGAACGGAGGCUGCUCGCUGCUGCUCGAAGGCCUCAUCCCCGUCUCUCUCACGUCUCAAGUUUCCGCCAAGAUCUUCUCCCUCCACGUUCCCCUGCCGCCCAAGAUCCUGGUGAGCCUCAUCUAUAAGCCAUCUGACGGGAUCAGUGUCUCUCUGGAGCUCAAGACUACAGACGCCAGUCUCUGCACAAAUACAGACAGGAAGCAAGGAAGCAAGGAAUUUAAACUUGACAGUGUGUAUCCGAAGGUUUUGGAUCAUGGACACCAGCUGGCCAGUCAGUUCUCUCAGCUUUGUGGCAGCUUGAAUCCAGAUGGCUGGACUGUCAGGUGUUUGCAGCUGGAGCUUCGAGGCUGUACUCUGAGAGAAGUCUGUGUCAGCAUCCAGAGGAAGGGAGAGGCUCGGGACACGGCUUUCACCUGCAGGGUGGGAGAGAUCAUGCUCCUGGAUGCAGCCACUCUGCAUGUUCCCUCUGACGUGGUUAAGGGCUUGUGUAUUUAUGACGUGGUUUGGCUGCGCGGUGCCGCUUCCUCCACCUCGUCCACCUCGUCCAGCCUGCACCUCACCGCCACUCUGCGCUGGGAUUAUCCCACUGAGCAGGUGCGAUACUUCAGGGUGUACUGGCGACGGUUGAGAGGACCCAAUCCACGAGUCCCUCCAGGUCAGCUGGUUCUGCUGGGACGGGCGUAUUCUAAUCUGUACAGGGUCGCAGGGCUGGCGGUGCCAGAGCCGGCUGGUGUACUGGAGCUGGUGGUGGAGCCAGUGAACAGGAAGGGCUUCCUGGUCCCAGAGAGCCAGUGGGGACGAAGAAGCUUCAGCUACACGGGGGACGUCACAGAAUGACUUUACAGAAAUGUGAUCACAUGGUGCUUCACCUGCUCACGUAUGUUCCUGCUAACAUAACGUGACAAAAAUUGUUAAUUGGGAAUGCUGAGUCAGGUUGUUGUUUUAGUUUGUAUUAAUGUGCAUGUGAGAACCCAAUAUUCCUGGUCCCCUGAACCCAGAUUUCCAAUUCAGAAACUCGGAGCAACAUCACACCCUGAGAUAUAAUAUGAUGACUAUUAACCAUCAGUUCCACAGUAAAUCUGUGGUACACAGGGUAUUAAUUGUGAUCUAUGGACAUGUUAAUAUGCUGUUUGUGUGAGAAAACUACCAUGUAGAGGUUGUUAUCGGCUGCUAUUGCUAACAAUGACUAGCCUGAGAUAUGUUUGCAUCUAUGGUUUUUUCCAACUCCAACUAUCGGUCUACAAACUUUCAGGGACGAAACAUAAACUACUGGUCCACAGAUCAGUGUCUUGGUUGUCUCAGGACUCAGCAUUCCCAACUGCAUUUUUUUUGGGAAACACACACAUCCUCGCCUGUUUCUAACACAAAAGAACUGUGUUUGCAUCCGAAAACCUAUCAAACCCCAAAUAAUUAUAACACGUUUGUCUGUGUGACACGUGCGCAUUCAUUCUAACUACAUCAACCAAACAAGCCUCUCCAGUAUAUUGUAUAACCAGGUUUGACAUUUACAUUGACAACACUGUAUCUGUCUCUGAUAUUUAUAUUUGCAUGUAACACUCACUUUUGUAUGUAGGAAAUAUAAUUAUCCACAACAUUAGAACUGUUAACUGCUUCCAAUGCUGUGGCAGAUUAAAGUAUAUGAAGCUUGUUUUGAUAAAAUAAUAAUAAAAAAUCAUAAAUACUAUAACGUAAAUCUUAUUGUUGUUACAAUUAUUCUCAUGGUUUGAACAAGUCCUUCAUUAGAACUUUAUGUUUCCAAUUCCCAUACAGUAGCUGCACCUCUGCUGGGCGAUGACGCCAAAAGGUUUCUAAUUAUUUAAAUACAUUUCUGAUAAAUAGGUUAGUUUUCUCCUGGUAAAGUUCUUUUCAACACACAGGUGCCAGCUGUCGGCCUUAUUUCUGACUAAUAACUGAAGAUAUGAACACAUUAUUACCUCAAACAGUGACCCGGAUCUUUAUUUACCUCAACUGUGAGAUAAUUUACCAUGUUUACAUCAGGAAGAACGAAUUCCUUCAUAUUCACAUGUUUAAUAAACCAAAUUAUUGCGUUUAA